AUGGCCCAUCAUGCCUUUGGCGGCGUGCUCGACACACCACGAAGCAAUGCUGGUGACGCGACAUAUCUUAACCGACUGCCCGAUAUCUCAGACAUUUCUCCCGAGGCAUCAUUUAUCGCUCCAGACAAGGAUGACGACUUGCUUCACCGACUCCGCAAUGGCAGACGCUCCAACUUCAGAACCCCCCGCCGGAAAGGACCGCUUGCGGAUCGUCCAAAUCUACCGUCGAACAUUGGAGGCGGAGAAUUUACACCAAUGCUCAAGUCCGCUACAUUGAACAGCACGAGGAAGAAUGGAAAAGAGAACAAUGCCGUAAGCACCACUCCAGCUGCACUGAGGACCAUCGACGAGGACGAAAUGACACCACUUCCGCGAAUGGACUUUUCCGUCUAUUCGAACCACAACGCAUCAUAUCUCGAUACACCACAAAUUGCCAGCAGCAUCUCUUCGACGCCGAUAGGUCCUCCGCCGCGCAGGAAUGGAGAUAUGGGUCCUCUGCAGGACGGCAAGCAACUAUCUCUAAGAGAGCAAGAAAACGUCAUUGACAAGAUCGAGAAGGAGAACUUUGGUCUCAAGCUAAAGAUUCAAUUUUUAAAUGAUGCCCUCAUGAAAUCAGGCCCUGGCUAUAAUGAAGCAGCUCUCAAGGAAAACACGGAGCUCAAAGUGGAAAAAGUCACAAUGCAACGCGAGCUUCAACGACUGAAGAAGCAGAUCACCACUGUCGAGCCGACCGUACAAGAGUAUGCUGCAAUCGAGCAGGAGGCCGCAACACUGCUUACGGAAAUCGAAAAGCUCCAAGCAGCCAACGACAAUCUCCAAGCGGUCAACAAAGAUCUCAAAGCGACCAACAACAAUCUCCAAACUACCAAUGACAAUCUCCAAACCACCAACGACAACCUCCGAGCUAACAAUAGCAAUCUCCAAGCAACCGUACAAGAGUUACGACAGAAGCACAGCCCCUUUGAACAGAAUGGCUUCGGGCAGAAUGGCUUUGGACAAAAUGCUUUUGGGCAGAAGAUUGGUUUUGGGCAGAAUGGUUUUGGACGCAGCGGCUUUGGGCAGAGCAACUUUGGGCGCAGCAGUUUCGGGCUCUUUGGGCAAGGCCAACAAGAUUUUGAACGCCAGAAAUUGGAGGCUGAAGUCUACAGUCUGGAAAAGAUGCUUUCAGAGGAAAAGAAAAAGGGCCUCGACCUCCAAAAGUUGGAAACUGAAGUUCAUAACCUGGAGAAGAUGCUCGCAGAGGAGAAGAAGAAGAGCGGCGAAACCGAGGAAGAGAUACGAGCCCAGUACGAGGACGAAAUCCAGAGGCUAGACGACGAGAUCUCGAAUCAUCAGGCGGAGAUUUCGAAUCUCAGGAUGGAAAUUUCCAACCUGGAGUCAGAGGUCGAGGAUCUGAGGGCGGUGAUUCGGGAAAAAGACAACCUGUACGAUAACGACAGUACAGAGUGGGAGGCUGAAAAACGGAUGUUGCAAUCAAGGCGAGACCAAGCCGAGCAAAGGGCUGCCGGUCUUCAGCGAACAGUAGACCGUCUACGCCAAGCUGAGGGCUCUCUCUCCAGCAAGGAAACCAAGCUUCAGGAGGUGAUGCAGAGCGAAGCUGAUCGCCACCGAAGCGAGGAAGGCGUACUCAACCGUCAAAUUGACAGUCUUCAGGAGGCCUUGGAGACGCGCCAGGGCCUUUUGACUCAGAUCCGCAGUGAGCUAUCUACUGUACGCGAUGAGCUCCGCCAGACGAAGAUCGACUAUCAGGCGCAGGUCAACCGAGUGGAGGAACUCGAAAUCCGCGGCGCUGCCGAGAACAAGGCAUCGCAGACCAUCAAACAGCUCCAGCAAAAGCUCAUUGAUAUCGAAGAUGAAAAGUCCGCCAUGGAAGAGCUGCUCGAGAAGGCAGAAGAGGAUGCCGAGGAAAUGGCAGCCCAGCAUGAGCUCGCUAUGCAGCGCGUUGUACAAAAAUUGGAAAAGGUCAAGCGUGAGCGUGAUGCGGCCUCUGCAUCUCGGACGGAAUCCAACAAGCAGAGCCAGCAGUUGCGAGUGAACCAAGCUGAGCUUGAAAGCCUCGAGCACGACGUUUUGCAGCAGGAGAAGCUCAUCGAAAACCUCGUCGCAUCAGAGGCCGCCCUGCGAUUGAAGCUCGAACGCACCCGCAGCGAGCGGGCGGCGUAUCGCGUGAGCGCCGAGAAGCUGCAGAAAGACCUUCAGCUUCUGAAGAGGGAGGCCCAGGAGGUUCAGAGGCACCGUCACCAUCGCGGCAGCGCCGACGAGGUGCUGAAUACCAUUGUGAGGGCGGCCGAGAACACAGAGGCACAACACAGACAAAAGUCGAGCGACAUGAUGCUCCAGAUGGAGUUUAUGCAUGCUCGGUGGGAGCGUGAAGCGGCUCUUCGAAAGGACGUCUCAUACGCAAAGAAGUUCGUUCAGCUGCAGCUCGAUGUCGCAAUGGCCUGUAACAAAGCUCAAGUCCGUGAGUUACAAAAGGCCCGCGCCUACGUCCUUCAAAGCCGCCAUCCCGUCUCUAUACCCGAACUUCCCGCACCCACCCAGUCUCCAACAACUCUCAAGGCCUUCCUCGUCAUGGCCCGCUUCAUCGCUCGCAUGCGCAUCGCCGCCCGUAAGUGGGCUCCUCAAGAAGAUGUUCGCAAACAGCUCCGCCUAGAUAUCAGGGAGAAGCGUCGUGAUAAGCGCAUGAAGCUUCUCAGCGCCGUCCCUGUCGAGGCUCUCUACUAA